UAAUUAUUUAUAAUUUACCCAUUAAAUAGUGGGGGUAAAAAUUAUGAGUUACUCCAAAGGCUCCAAAGCAAUUCACGUCUGUCAAUAUAAUUUAAAAAUCUAAUUGACAAUUACCACGAGCAUUUAAAUAACAAAAUUCAAAUGUACUCGCUACUGUAAAUUGCAUGGAGAACUGAUGUCUGUAAAUAAUGCAUCACGAGUUUGUUGAAACCGUUGACAGUAAGACGUCUGUGUAAUUAACUUGGGUUUUGACAGCUGGAUUUAAAAUAAUAAUAAUAAUCGUUAUUGUAAAUAUUAUUUUGAUUGUCGAUUUAACGUUUGAUAAAUCGUUAUUGUUUGAUAAUUAACAUUUCAAGUGGAUGUUGGUUUAAUUGGAUAAUCAAAAAUGUUGAAUCGAUUUAAAUCUGCGUUGAUGAAUGCAGUUGGUGGCAGUGAACUUGGCUUGCAGUACAAUCAUGAUUCCGAUAGUGAAAUUGCCAAAGAUUACGUUAAUUCAAAUGUUGUUGAGGUUGAAGCUAAGCCUUACAGUAGGCCCAGUUUUUUAGGUUUAACUACUGAAGAAACUCAGGUGAGUGCUGAUCAUAAAGUGAGACCAAUAAUAGUACCGAGAGACUUAAGCCGGCUGCCUUGGUGUGCUGGUUAUGCCGAAUGUAUAAACGCUGGUAAAAGUAUGUGGAAUGAAGACCAAGCUGCUGCUACAAGAGGAGAUUUAGUUUUACCUGAUAGCGACUUUAGUGAUAUUACGUUGCCUUAUAUAAUGUUUUCAAUGUUUGAUGGACACGCCGGUUAUCAGGUGGCAUUAACUGCUAGAUUACAUCUUCAUAGAAUUAUUCUUAAUAAAUUACAAGCUAUACCAGGUAAUAUAUUGAUGAAUAAAAAUGAAGAAAGUGCAAUAACUGGACAACAACUUGUCGUGGGUGCUAUUGAAAUGGCUUACAGAGAAAUGGAUCAAUUAGUUGAGUACCUGGCUCUUAAUGGAGGUGGCGGAUGUACAGCAAUUACUGUAUUAUUUUUAAAUGGUGUACUUUAUGCUGCUGGUGCUGGAGAUUCGAGGGCAGUACUUGUGUACGGUGAUAACCAACGUGCUUUGACAAAUGAUCAUACACCAGACUCAGAAUCAAAUCGUGUAAGAGCGUUAGGUUUUUUAAAGAGCACCGAAUUACUUAAGGGACAUUUUACACCAUUAGAAUUUAAAAAACGUCCAUUAGAACGUGAGCUCGGUACCAUGGUGUUGUACAGAGAGCCAUUUAUGACUGGAUGGGCUUACAAAGUUUUAACUGGUUCCGAUUUAAGAUUACCUCUGGUAUCAGGACACGGUAAACGUAGCCGAGUUAUGGGAACUAUCGGAGUGACAAGAGGUUUUGGUGACCAUGGUCUAAAAGCGGCGAAUACUGGACUCAGUAUCAAGCCUUUCCUGUCAUCGCAACCGGAAGUGCAAUACUUUCAAUUAGAGGAUUACCAAUUAACUGAGCGGGACUGUAUUAUUAUUGCGACUGACGGAUUGUGGGAUGUCGUGACUGACAAAGACGCUGGUAAUAUUUUUAGAAAAAUACUUGCGCCCGACACUCCGUCAUUGGAAUAUAGAUUGACUAUGGCCGCUCAAGAGCUCGUGCAAGCUGCGCGAGGCAGAUUAAUCGGGAGAAUGUGGAAAAGUAAACCCGAUAAAGAAAAAGAUAAAACCGAAAAAGAUGAGGAUAUUGAUGAAAGGUACUGGCCUAUGGCGUCGGUUGAUGAUAUCAGUGUUAUGGUUAUUCCUCUAUAUCCGUAUUUAUGCGAGCACAGGCAGUGGAAAAAAAACGCUCAACAAGAACGACGAUUUUCAACGGAUACUUCGCUUACAUCACCUACUCUAUCUAAUUGAUUAUCAUUACAACAAUAAUACGAUAAUACUAAAUAAUAAUAAUAGUUAUUAUCUUUUUUUAUUAUUCAAAUACGUAUUUAAUACUUCUUCAGAACUAAGACGCAUCGCAUAUUUAUUUUUUAUCAACCGCUGAAUUUUUUUAAAUUUUAAUUAGACGGCUUUCAUGUUCUGUAAACAAGUAAAUCCACAAAUCAAUUACUUUACUUGACGCAAGCAUAUUUAUUAGACAUUCCAUUUUAUCAGACCAGAAAAUAUAUUUAUUAUUAUUUUAUAAUAAUUAAAA